CAGUACCCAGACCCGUUUGCUUGCCCCAUCAUGCUCACCCUUGUAAAAAAAAACCGAGCAAAAUUUCCACCAUAUAAAUACAUCCACUUCAAACCCUAGGGUUUCUCUAUACUAUCCUCAUACCUAAGUCUACGCAGUGACACAAGAGAGGCCAACACCACCACCUGUUUGACGAAAUGUCGGAAUCACUAGUCCUCCGCGGCACAAUGAGGGCCCACACUGACUGGGUCACCGCCAUCGCCACCCCAAUUGACAACUCCGACAUGAUCGUCACAUCUUCUCGUGACAAAUCCAUCAUCGUUUGGUCACUAACAAAAGACGGCCCACAAUACGGUGUCCCCCGCCGCCGCCUCACUGGCCACGGCCAUUUCGUCCAAGACGUCGUCCUUUCAUCUGACGGCAUGUUUGCACUCUCCGGUUCAUGGGACGGUGAGCUCCGUUUAUGGGAUCUUCAAGCUGGUACAACCGCUCGUCGUUUCGUAGGUCACACUAAGGAUGUUUUGUCCGUUGCAUUUUCCGUCGAUAACCGUCAAAUCGUGUCAGCCUCACGUGACAAAACCAUCAAGCUUUGGAACACCCUCGGUGAGUGUAAGUACACAAUAACGGAUGGGGACUCACAUUCCGAUUGGGUUUCAUGUGUCCGUUUUAGCCCAAACAAUCUUCAACCAACUAUCGUUUCUGGGUCGUGGGACCGGACUGUGAAAAUCUGGAAUUUGACGAACUGUAAGCUAAGGUCUACUCUAGCUGGACACAGUGGUUAUGUGAACACCGUGGCGGUUUCUCCUGAUGGUUCAUUGUGUGCUAGUGGAGGAAAGGACGGAGUUAUUUUGCUUUGGGAUUUGGCUGAGGGAAAGAAACUGUAUUCGCUUGAUGCUGGGUCUAUCAUUCAUACUUUAUGUUUUAGUCCGAAUAGGUAUUGGCUUUGUGCUGCUACGGAAUCAAGUAUUAAGAUUUGGGAUUUGGAGAGUAAAAGCAUUGUGGUGGAUCUUAGAGUUGAUCUGAAACAAGAGAGUGAAAUGUCUGCUGAGGGAACUGCUGCUGCCAAAAACAAGAUCAUAUACUGCACCUGUUUGAGCUGGAGUGCUGAUGGAAGUACACUUUUCGGUGGAUACACAGAUGGUUUGAUUAGAGUAUGGGGAAUUGGGCGUUAUUAGGAAAGAGCAUCUAGGGGAGCCAUUUGGCCAUAAUGAUUUUAAGGCAUUUAUAUUGCUAAUAUCUUGGAAAUAGGAUUUUUGGAUUCUCCCUGUUUUUCAUGGUCUCGAGGCCUCAACUGUUUCAGUUUGGAAUUCUUAUUUAUUAUUUGUUCCAUCGAAUAUCUUGCUAUAAAUCUAAGUUGUUUUGCUUA